AGCCUGGGGAGGGACGCGGGCGGGGACAGAGCUCGGCGUGCUCGCUGCUGGAGGGUGAUGGCCCUGCGAGGCUGCAGGCUCCGACCUUACCCCGAGUCCGCGGCGAGAGGCUCGCGGAGGCGCGAGGUUCCGGGCGAGCUCUGAGCGCGGGCUCCAACCACCCUGGGUCUUUACACAUUCUACGACCACUGACUCGGGACGAAGGCGAGGAUCCGCUCUCGUUUUGGCUUCUCGUCGUCCUCCAGAUCAUGUCCGCGGCUCCCGGGACUCCGCGCGGAAAAAGAAGUUUGUCCGGCGUGGACCCAAUGACCUUUCCAAGCUGUGCGCCUCACUGCCUGGACCAGGUCUGAGUGACGCUGCCCAGGCGGACGUUUCUGGGGGAGGGUUUUCUCUGCGCGCCGUUGUCCUUCUGGGUUUUCGCCGGAGCCCCACGCCCAGCCGCCUCUGAGUCCUGGAAAAAAAGGGUGGCUACCUCCGCCCCCCAGCACCCCGGAAAAUGGGGAGCAAGGCCCUGCCAGCGCCCAUCCCGCUCCACCCAUCGCUGCAGCUCACCAAUUACUCCUUCCUGCAGGCCGUGAACACCUUCCCCGCCGCGGUGGACCACCUGCAGGGCCUGUACGGUCUCAGCGCCGUGCAGACCAUGCACAUGAACCACUGGACACUGGGGUACCCCAACGUGCACGAGAUCACCCGCUCCACCAUCACCGAGAUGGCGGCGGCGCAGGGCCUCGUGGACGCGCGCUUCCCCUUCCCGGCUCUGCCCUUUACCACCCACCUCUUCCACCCCAAGCAGGGAGCCAUUGCCCACGUCCUCCCAGCCCUGCACAAGGACCGGCCCCGUUUUGACUUUGCCAACUUGGCCGUGGCCGCUACGCAAGAGGAUCCCCCUAAGAUAGGAGACCUGACCAAGCUGAGCCCGGGGCUGGGUAGCCCCAUCUCGGGCCUCAGUAAAUUGACUCCGGACAGAAAGCCCUCCCGAGGGAGGUUGCCCUCCAAAACGAAAAAAGAGUUUAUCUGCAAGUUUUGCGGCAGACACUUUACCAAAUCCUACAACUUGCUCAUCCACGAGAGGACCCACACAGAUGAGAGGCCGUACACGUGUGACAUCUGCCACAAGGCUUUCCGGAGGCAAGAUCAUUUGCGGGAUCACAGGUAUAUCCAUUCCAAAGAAAAACCCUUCAAAUGUCAGGAGUGUGGGAAAGGAUUUUGUCAGUCUAGAACUCUGGCUGUUCACAAAACUUUACAUAUGCAGACAUCAAGCCCUACAGCUGCGAGCAGUGCGGCAAAGUGUUCAGGCGAAACUGUGAUCUGCGGCGGCACAGCCUGACUCACACCCCGCGGCAGGACUUCUAGAGAAGCCCCGGAUCUGUCCCGGGCCGCCGCCGCCGCUCCCCUCCCCAGACACCUCUCCACGCCUCCCACCCGGGGGGGCCACCCCCAACCCUUCACUGACCCCAGCUCUUCCCCAGCUGCAGCCACACCGGCAGCUCCAGGGGGUUAACUCUUCUUCCCAAGGACUGAGAACUGUAGAAAGCCACACAAGUACAUCCUUUCACAAAGAGCAUAUGCUAGUGUCUUGUAGAUAUUCACAGCUCAUUUUAGAGCUCUGUACAUAAUGUUGUGGGUCUCUGUUUCGUUGUUUUGUUUUGUCUGUUUUUGUAUCUUGUUGGAUGCACCUAGGUAUGGAAAAUGGAAACCAAAUUUAUCUUUAAAGACUGUAUUUUCAAAAAUAAAAUGUUUUCUUGUUUGUUUCAACACUCCUGCAAAAGUGCCUUGCUAUUUGACUUCUGUUUUUCCUCUGGAUUCUGGAAGAGUGGCAUGUCUCUGAAAUAUUAAAUAUUGAAGGGCAUUCUUUAUCCCAAGGUUUCAAAAGUAAGACUUCUCACAGUUCUCUUACUGAAACUUCAUCUCUUCCCUUUUCAUACUGUGGCAUUUUGGAAUUGGUCAACUGUGCUGUCUUUCUGCUUUUUGAAGAUAUUAAAAUUGAUACCCAUG